AUGGCAGAGUUUUGUGCUUUUGAUUGGGGUAUACAUUUUAAUCCGACGUUACUACCUGUUGUUAAUACUAAUAAUAAAACAGAAAGAAAAAAAUUAAUUCACAAUUUUAAAUUGCUUAUCAAAUCUAAAAGUGAUUUAGUUAAUCCAUGUUUGGACGAUGCAUUUAUUGGACGAUUUUUAGCAGCACGUAAAAAUUAUGAUGACAGUGUUGAUUUAUAUUGCAAUUAUUAUUACUUUAGACAAAAAAAUGUUGAAUUAUUCACAAGGUUUAAUGGACAAGAUGUUCUCAUUCAACAAGCACUUAGAGAUGGAUUUCCAGGUGUUUUAGAUAAGAGAGAUAGAAAAGGAAGAUGCAUUAUUGUAUUUGUCGCUUCAAGAUGGAAUUGCAGCUGUUACACAUUAUUCGUCAUUUUUCGAUCUCUUCUUCUAUCGUUAGAAUAUUUAAUCGCUGAAGAAAUCAAUAAAAAAAAUGGUUUCGUAUUUGUAAUCGAUUGGACUGAAUUUUCAUUUAAACAAUCUUCAAAUCUUGCUCCCAAAAUUCUUAAAUUGAUGAUAGAAGGACUUCAAGAUUGUUUUCCAGCUAAAUUCAAAGGUUUUCAUUUUAUUAAUCAACCUUGGUAUGUUGAAAUGGCACUCACCGUCAUUAAACCGUUUUUAAAAGAGAAAAGUAAAAACAGAAUUUAUUUACAUGGUAAUAAUUUAAGUACACUUCAUGAGUAUGUUGCAAAAGACAUUUUACCAACGGAAUUAGGAGGAGAAGGACCUCCAUUUAACCCAUUGCCAUGGGCAGAAAAAUUAAUGAACUUAUCAUUGGAAUAA